UCCUCUUUCGCCUUUGUGUCUGCAGGCGUGAAGAAGUAAUGACGAAAGGAGUUUCUUGGCCCGGAGGAUACGUUAAAUUUUUGGAUUUCUUUGGACAUCGGGGGAUGCCUGCAAACUGCCACUGACGGACCAGCAAUAUUUCUAUUUCUUACAUUUCCUCAUCCUUUCAUAGGCCUUAUAGGUGACCUUUCUGACCGUGCACUUUCUUAAUACUGUGAAACUAAAUCAUACUCUGGGGGUGUGUGGUAACUCUGGACCAUGCUCUCCCUGUGGUUGUUUUUGCUCCCCUGCCUAAACUUUGUGCCUCAGGCCCUGUCUGAGAAAGGCCUGGAGUUGCCACAGUAUGACGGAAAAGACCGUGUUCUUGAUAUCAAUGACAAGAACUACAAGAAAGCUUUAAAGCAGCACAGCAUGCUCUGCCUGUUCUACCAUGAGCCCAUAGCAGACAGCAAGGAACUGCAAAAACAACACCAGAUGACUGAGUUGGUGCUGGAGCUUGUAGCUCAGGUUAUGGAGGGGAAGGACAUCGGGUUUGGAAUGGUUGACUCCCACAAAGACGCAAAGAUAGCAAAGAAACUGGGCUUAGAGGAAGAGGGGAGCAUGUAUGUUUUUAAGGCUGAUAGAGUGAUCGAGUUUGAUGGUUUGCUUUCUGCUAACACUCUGGCCGAGUUCUUGUUGGAUUUGUUGGAGGAACCAGUGGAAAUCAUAGGAAAUGCUCUGGAGCUGCGAGCUUUUGACAGGAUGGAGGAAGACAUACGUCUCAUUGGUUACUUCAAGAGCGAAGAGUCUGAGCACUAUGAAGCUUUUAAAGAAGCCGCUGAGCAGUUUCAGCCCUACAUCAAGUUUUUUGCAACAUUUGAGAAAUCUGUGGCCAAAGAGCUGAGUCUGAAGUUAAAUGAGGUAGACUUCUAUGAGCCCUUCAUGGAGGAGCCCGUGUCCAUCCCAGGCAAACCUCACUCUGAGGAGGAGCUGGUGGAAUUUAUAACUGAACACAGGCGACCAACACUCCGAAAGCUGCGUGCAGAAGAUAUGUUUGAGACCUGGGAGGAUGAUAUUGAGGGCAUUCACAUUGUGGCCUUUGCAGAAGAGGAGGAUCCUGAUGGUUAUGAAUUUUUGGAAAUCCUAAAGGAGGUGGCCAGAGACAACACUCACCUACCUGAGCUGAGCAUCGUCUGGAUUGAUCCCGAUGACUUUCCACUGUUGAUCCCCUACUGGGAGAAGACCUUCAAGGUGGAUCUGUUCAGACCACAGAUCGGAGUUGUUAAUGUUACUGAUGCAGACAGUGUGUGGAUGGAAAUGGAUGAUGAGGAGGAUCUGCCCACAGCUGAGGAGCUGGAGGACUGGAUUGAAGACGUGCUCUCUGGCAAAGUUAACACUGAGGAUGAUGAUGACGACGAUGACGACGAUGAUGACGAUAAUGAGGAUAAUGAUGAAGAUGACAAUGAUGAAGAUGACGAUGAUAAUGAAGAUGAUAACGAGGAGGAAGAUGAUGAUGAUGAUGAUGAUGAGUAAUUUACAGUGUUAUCUGAGUAUCCACUGUUUCUUCUUCAGAGUGUCUAAUGUGGAUAUCAGCGCAUCAGCUUUAUGCUACAAUAAGUUAAUUUUUUAAAAAGGUAAUUUUUGCACUUAAUGUGUGCCUGCUAUUAAUAUUAAAAAGAAAUAAUAUCCAUAAAUGUCA